AUGGCCCCAAAGAAAAAGAAGGGCAAGAAGGAGCCGGAGCUGCUCGAGCCAGAGCACGACCCCACUUGGGAGCGCAGCGUGCAGAGCGGCGUAUGGGAGCGCCCCGUCACCGCCCUACCAGACGCAAACACGUGGCCGACCUGGGGGGCCCUGAGGGAGCGGCUGCUGGCGUCGUGCAAGGAGAUCCGCAUCAUCGAGUCGCCGAGUGUGCGCGACGCUUUCGCCUCUGAGCUCUUCAGGCUUAGCCCGCCGCAGCUGCGCGCCCUCAGCCUCCGCGGCAGCGCCAACCUGCGCAGCCUGGUGCUCAGCCCGCUGGGCAGCUGCCCGGCGCUGGAGAGCGUGGACCUGGGAAGCUGCCCGUCUCUGGAAUACGUCAUGGUGCAGAGCGCGACGCUCAAAACGCUUGACCUCAGCGACUGCGGCGCUCUGACCAAGGCGCUGAUCCACUGCCCCGCCUUGUCCAACCUCAUGGUGGCGGGCUGUCCAUAUUUGGAAAAGGCAAUCAUUUGGAGCGACGCCCUCACAGAACUGGACCUCAGCGGCUCCACCAAGCUGACGCACCUGGAGCUGCACUGCCCCGCCCUGGCGGACAAGAAGGCCCCAGACGUCCCCCGCAGGCCCGCAGCCGCCCGCCCCGCGCAUGCGCCGGUGGCGUCCAUGCUCAGGGAGAACGCGAAGGACGCGGCAGCGGCGGCGGCGGACGCGCGGGAGCGGGAGUGGCGGGCGCAGCGGGGGGACAGCUGUAUCCCCGCGGUGCACAGGCCCAUGGCGGGCUGA